GCAAUGGUCUGUGGACGCUGUUAGUUACAAUUAGUCCCCCAUUUUUAAAGUUAACACAUUUUAACUGUGCUAAAUUGUGCUAGCCAGGGUUUAAACCUGGACCUCUCUUUCACUAGGCGGGCGCCGGGCUGAGGACUAACUUCUAACAAAGAGCAACUGAAAAUCAUGCUGCUGAAACUACUGGUGAUCCUACUUGGCUUCGGUUUUGCCGUUCAUGCGAGUACAAAUGAAGCUGCUCCAAAGGUCAAAACACCUAAAGGAGCAAUGAAGGGCUACUACAAGAUCUCGCAACAUGGUAGGAAGUACGAAGCGUACGAAGGAGUUCCUUACGCGUUACCACCUGUUGGAAAAUUGCGAUUUAAGCCUCCUCGACCGUUACCAACAUGGACUGGCGAGCUAUCGGCCACGAAAUUCGGUUCCAUGUGUCUUCAAUACGAUCAAGUACCACAAAUGCCUCCAGAGAAAGUUGUGGGCGCCGAAGAUUGUCUGUAUUUAAACAUUUACGUACCAGUACAGAAUAAUUUGAAUAAUAAAACCGCAUUGCCAGUAUUAUUUUGGAUCCAUGGCGGUGCGUUCCAAUUUGGUAGCGGCAUGUUCUAUAACCCCAGAUAUCUAAUGGACUAUGAUGUUAUAUUUGUUACAAUUAACUAUCGGCUGGGACCACUGGGUUUUCUCAGCACGGAAGAUGAAGUAGUUCCUGGCAAUAUGGGUCUGAAGGAUCAAAGUCUGGCACUUCGCUGGGUAUCGGAGAACAUCGAAUGGUUCGGUGGUGACCCACAGAAAGUGACCUUAGUCGGUUUGAGCGCCGGCGGUGCAAGCGUGCAUUAUCAUUACUUAUCGCAAAUGAGCGCGGGUCUCUUCCAAGGUGGUAUAUCGUUCAGCGGUACAGCGCUUGAAUGUUGGACGCAAACUGAAAACUCCUUAGAAAAGGCAAAGAAAUUGAGUGCUUUGAUGGGAUGCCCUACAGUUAACUCCAGAGAUAUGAUACGUUGCUUGAGAUAUCGUCCACCUCGCGAGAUCGUCCAGGCUACAAGUCAUUUUAUGUCGUUCUUCUUUAAUCCCUUCACUCCGUUCGGUCCGGUAGUUGAAAAUUUUGGUGAUGCACCUUUCAUCGAUAAAACGCCCAUUGAAAUCAUCAUUAACGGAGAAGUCCAGGACGUGCCCUGGAUUACCGGUGUAACGAGCGAAGAAGGCCUCUAUCCCGCAGCUGAAUUUAUCGCCAGUGAUCGAAAUCUUCAAGAAUUGAAUGACAAUUGGGAUAUUCUUGCACCGGACUAUCUUGAUUUCAAUUAUACCAUCCCUAGAGAGAAACAUGUCGAGAUUGCUCGUCUCAUCAAAAAACAUUAUUUUGGUACAAGACCGAUCGAUCGACAGAGUACGAAGGAACUAAUACAAAUGUCGAGUGAUCGUUUCUUCGUGGUCGAUAGCGAGAAAGCUGUACGAAUGCAAGCCACAGUAAAUCGUAGUCCAGUCUGGUACUACUACUUUAGUUAUAGAGGAGCGCAAAGCUUGAGCGAUGCUAUGAGCGGUACCACUACAAAUUAUGGGGUUUCCCAUGCCGACGAUGUAUUUUAUGUGCUAUGUAGUCCCUGGGUAAACUCAACAACAACACAAAGUGACCGUGAUAUGCAGAAACAUUUACUGAACUUUUGGGUAUCGUUUGCCACGGACGGAAUUCCAAAAAUAGCCAAUGUGAAAUGGCCAAACUUAUCGUUUUAUAAUACAAAGGAAGAACUUCAUUAUUUACAUAUUUCUAGCCCUUAUGAAAUUGAUAUGACUAGCAAUGCUAAUUUUGGAGAAAAAGAAUUCUGGAGUUCAAUUAAUUUCCAAGAGAAUAUAUUAAGCAGCACAACUGGAAUAAAAAAAGAAGAGCUUUAAAUGGUAUCGGAACAAAAGAUGGAUGUUUUUUUAAAUCAAGUUUAUCUUGAGACUUAAUAUUUAAUAUUACUCAGUUUUAUAUGUAUUAUAUUAUACAUAAAUGUUAUAGUAUAUUCUUGUAAACUGAGAAGAACAUUUUUCUUUGUUCCCACUUUAUAAAGAUAAUCAACUAAUUUCUUGUACAAUUAUUAAAAAAUACAUUCCUACAUUAUUAAUAAGAA